CAGAGAGCGGUGUCUGUCUGUAAACAAAAGAUUUCGUCAGUGUUUUCCAAGAGCGCUUUCGUCAGUGUUUUCCCAUAUGGUUCUAAGGGCGAGCAACCUUUAUAUUUUGGUCCACAAACAAACAAACAAAAUUUAGGACACAGACAUUUAAAAGCAAAAUUACAAGGAACAGCCAUGUCAACGCAAAAACUUAUAACUCAGGAGGAAAGUCUGCACGACUCAUGGGUGGAGCUCCACUUUGAUUCAUGUAGUGAACACAGUGAGGACACACCAUCCCUGUCUGAUAUCACAGACCUUAGUUCACGGACAAGCUCUCACUGCAGCAGUCCUCGACAUGUCCAGACACCUCCACUCAUCAGUGCAGCCUCCUUCAACACACAGCCUCCUUCAACACAAGGCAAUGCACAGGGGGAAGUUGUACCAGAGAGCAAACCGGAAGUUGAGACUGUCGCAAGGAUCUGUGACUGGUCCAGCCGUCCAGAGAAUGUACCAUCACCAGCACUGAUUAUUAAACGGCCAAAGCGGAACAGAUUGUGCAGCAGAAACUCAGACAAGAACGACAAAGAAAUGAACACAAACUUGCUGAAGUUACUGUUACCCUCUCUAGUUUUGACACACAUCCUCAUGCUUGGGUUGGGGGUCUGUAUUGGACGGCGCCUCUCCACUCAAUGCUCUGUUAUCUGAGUCAUAGCAGAUGAAUGCGUGUGUAUGUUGUGUGUCAGUGUCACUCUGGGAUAGUCUCUAGAAAGAUCCCUACAGCUUUUUGCUGGAACACUUUUGUUUUCCUCCAGGAGAAAUGCAGGACUAUGUAAGAGGACGCUGUGAAAAUAAGAUGAGAGACAAAAACUCUCAGCAUUGUUUUUUCUUUGGUUCUCCUGCGGGGAUUUUGGCACAGAAUUAAUAAAGAUGAAUCCAGUUGUGUAUGGAUAUCAGGAAAUAUGCCUAAUAGAUUUCAGAUUUUUGCUUGAAAUUAAAAAUAUUUGUUAAAUGCAUCGGCAUGAAUAUUGUUUUACUUUCCAGGUCACAUUGUAGUCCUUCAGCUGACCUGCUUUUUUACAGCAUUCCGAAUCAUUAUUUUUUUUAAAUGCAAAUGUAUGUUUGAGAGAAAAUUCAGAGCCAUAUAAAUGCAUAUUCUGACAUAUAUUCGAAUGUGACAUGCUAUGGAAAAAUAAUAAACUGUACUGCAAAAAUUAUAA